CUAUAUCUGGUCUCCCACAGACCCUACUUUCACUAUAUCUGGCCUCCCACAAUACACAGAACAUUGAAAUUCAAUUAUUUUUGUAAAUAUAAACUAAUAAAUACCUGUUCUCUUCAGCAAUAUAUAGCAGUCUUGUGACUUCUAUCAAUGUCCGACUGAGUACUGGUUAAAGCUUUUAGGAGGAGUUUUCAUGCUGCUUUGACUGUCCUAUGAGGCUGCGUAACCCUUGACCCUCUGUCUGGACAGUGCUGAUUGGCCCUGUGCCAAUCACCUACACCCUCCCAAAAAAAAAAAUCGCUAGCAAUACACGCCAAACAGAGCAU